AUGCUUGCCGAGUCCAAUAACAGUCCGUAUGCCGGGGGCGACACCCCAAAACUUCGAACCGCAUGCGAGAACUGUAGACAGUCGAAAGUGAAGUGCAACUUGUCUGGGAAGAACGUCUGCACCAGGUGCUUGCGCCACGGACUGCAGUGUCAGUACGGCUUUGCCAAUCGAUCAGGGAAGCCAAAGGGUAGUAAGAACAAAGCUACACUCAGGAAGUUAGGACAGCUGCAAAAAGAGAAGCCACCAAUGCGCGGGUUUCGAGCUUCUCGGAUUGUGCCUCCUCUACCCGAUCGAGAGUCCAGGGGUGUCGGCGACCCAGGGAAUAUGACUGAUCCAAUGAUGGAUGACGACGUAUGCUUGAUACCAGUGCCGCCUGUAGUUUGGGAGAGCCCACGGAGCUUUCAUAGCACCACAGUGAUGGAGACUCCAAUUUGUCAUUCACAAAUAACGGGAGUUGAUGGCUCCCCUUUCACUGAUUUGGUGGAUCCUUGUCCUUCUCUCCCCAUGGGUUUCGGAUAUCCUCGCACGCCCGUGACGCCGACAUUUCUUCCGUCAGAUUCCUUAGGAGACGGGAGAGCAAGUCCACCGUUCGCUGGCUCUGUAUCUUCGUCGUACACAACCGCACAUUGCGAAUGUGUGGAUAUGCAACUGUUCAACAUGAACCAGAUGAACCACCUGCUUACAGAAUCGAUCCCUCUUCGUUUCGACCACAGCCUCCAAGCCAUCAAAGCAACAUUCUGUGCAGGUCGAAUGUUCCUACAGUGUGGGAAGUGUGCAAAGGAUAGUGCAAAUCUGCUGCUGUUAGUAUCUGUGAUCAACCUCACAUUACAGCUCUUCGAAUACUGGAUAUCACGUGAGACUUCACGCGUUCUCCGGGCAGAACAUGGAGUUGAUAUUCGAUACGGAUAUUACGAGGUGUGCCAGGAAGAGAACUGGCAAAUCCGCAUUUUUCUUCUGCGAGGGCUACUGCUUCAAUCUCGAGAGAUCUUAUCUAUGUUGACUACGUCUGUCAACAGUGUGUUUUUCGAUAUUGCAAAGCUUGUGGAUGAAGAAGGCUCUAUUAAGCCUUCUUCGCCACUUAAGCAGCCACAUUUACAAUACUGGGACCUUUUGGAUCAUCACAUCGGCGCGACAAUACCCAGUUUGGAUACAGAGUCGCUAAGCGCUAAUCCCGGGAGUAACUGUCUUCUGUCAAUCAUUGCCGGCUACGAAGUUACUGUAGACGCAUUUCUGCAGUCUGUUUCAUCGAAUGAAUGCAUCUGUGGAUCCAAAUAUGUCAAACAGGAGUCAUCUUUGUGA